UGUCACUGGGCCACGCCCCCUUUGACCAGCCCUCCCUCCUGAUUGGCUGGCACGUCGGCUAUAAAACCCCCUCAUGACGGCCCGCAGACACUCGGUGAUGUGAACAGGAGACGGCUGUUCUUUAGGAGCGGAGGAUCCCGUGAGUGUUCAUGACUCCCAGUGGAUCUGCAUGGAGAUGAUCCGAGCUGUGCUGGUUGUGCUGGUUCUGCUGGGGCCCGUGGAGGGCAGGAGGGCCCGGGGCCAGCGCACACACACACCGGAGAGCUUCCCUCUGGACUUCACGGCUGUGCAGGGAAACAUGGAGAGUUUGAUGACUCAGGUGAAGAGCUUGGCUCAGUCCCUGUACCCCUGCUCGACCCCGAGCCUGGACCCCGAGAUGAAGCUUCGCUUCCUGAGGAACGCUUCGGUCUCCUGUAACGACGGCUCACCUGCGGGUUACUACAUAAAGGAGUCCCGAGGCAGCAGGAGAUGGCUGAUGUUCCUGGAGGGUGGAUGGUACUGCUUCAGCAAACAGACCUGUGACAGCAGAUACGAGAACAUGAGGCGAUUCAUGAGCUCCAGCAAAUGGCCUUCGACCAGGACAGGAACAGGGAUUCUGUCUCCUCAGCCGGAGGAAAAUCCACACUGGUGGAACGCAAACAGAGUGUUUGUGCCGUACUGCUCUAGUGACGUGUGGAGUGGAUCAUCACCAAAGACAGACCAGAGUGAUUACGUGUUCAUGGGUUCUCAGAUCAUUCAGGAGGUCAUAAAGGAUCUUGUGUCUGAAGGACUGGACCGCGCUAAAGUCCUGCUACUGGCCGGGAGCAGUGCCGGCGGGACGGGUGUGCUGCUGAACGUGGACCGCGUGGCGGAGCUGCUGGAGGGACUGGGUCUCGGGGCGGUGCGGGUCCGCGGGCUGGUGGACUCCGGCUGGUUCCUGGACCACAGCCCGGCCCGGGACAGCGACUGCAGCGACAGCAUGAGCUGCGCACCGACACAAGCCAUCCGGAGAGGAGUGCGGUUCUGGCACAGUGUGGUUCCCGAGCUCUGCAGUCGAGCACAUCACGGGCAGGACUGGAACUGCUUCUUCGGCUAUAAGGUCCAUCCGACACUGAAGAGCCCGGUGUUUGUGGUCCAGUGGCUGUUCGACGAGGCUCAGCUGAUGGUGGAUGAUGUCCAUCUGACGGGUCGGCCGGUCCAGGAGAACCAGUGGCGAUACAUCCAGAGCCUGGGCAGCGAACUCAGGAACACACUCAAAAACGUCCCGGCUCUGUUUGCUCCCGCCUGUUUGUCUCAUGAGAUCAUCACCAGAAAUGACUGGAUGGACGUCCAUGUGAAAGGUACCUCGCUUCCCCGAGCGCUUCAGUGCUGGGACCGCAGCCUCCGUAACCACGGCAACGGGAGCAUCACGCAGGCUCCGCCCAGGGGCUGUCCCGCGCACUUGAUCGACAGCUGUCCGUGGCCGCACUGUAACCCCUCGUGUCCCCGGGUCCGAGAGCACGCGACGGGGCAGGAGAUGAGCGUCGUCCAGUUCCUCACACACCUGGGCUUCGACGUGACGCGCAUGGCACAUCAGCAGGGCAUGGAGCCCGACACACUCCUGGGCAUGCUCAGUGACGGCACCUGACACGCGGACGGCCAAUCAGAGAGCCUCGUGACGUGUGCGCAAUGCAUUGGAGGACGUUUGUGAUCAGUUAGCGUGUGCUUUUCUCCAUUAAGAGGCGAUAUUUGCGUUUUGACCUUUAUAAAGGCAGCUUUUCUAAACUUGGUAAAUGUAAGGGGACGCAUCCAUAUGUAGAUUAAUGGAUACUGAAAUAUUGGGGAAAAUUAAAUUAUACUUUAAAUAUGAAGGUAGGUUCGGUUGUAGGUUUCUUAAUCAGUGAGUCAUUGAUUCAUUCACUCAACUGAUUCAGUCGGGAACAUUCUUUAUGAACGAGUCAUUGAAUCACUGACUCAACCGAUUCGUUGAAAAACGCAAGAUAAUUCAGGAACAGUAAUUUAUUAAUUAUAUACGUAUCAAUAAUGAAAGAGGGCUAAUGAGCGUAGAUGAUGUUUCAUAUGAAAGCCUUUUUACACCACAUAAAAAUAUAUAAAAACAUUGGUAAAUCAUAGUUAUGACAUACUAACUGAUAAUUAUGGCAUACUAAAUCGAAAUUCUGACUUAAAAAGUUUCAUAAUUCUGAGAAAAAUGAUUUAUUUUCUGAGAAUUAUGAUUUACCAGAGCACAAUUGUUUUCUUAUGUGGUGUAAAUGGGCUUCAGUAAUUUUUAAAGAUGUACUAUUAAAGCAGACAGACGAUCAACUGGGCUGCAGAAUCUGAAGGUGUGUGUGUGUGUGUGUGUGUGUGAUUAAACCAUAACCUCCUCUCUUGAUGACGAUGAUGAACACUCAGUUUCUCGCUUCAGCCCAUCAUAAUGAAGCACUUCUUCUUUAACAACUUCACAAACGAAAACUGGGAAUCUGGAUACCAAAAUCAACAGAAGGACAAACACACACACACACACACACGAGCAUCUACUCCUCUAUAAACUAAACUGACUGAGAGUCUCACAAAACCUGUCAAGAACAUGUGCCUCAAAUGUAAAAAAAAAAAAAAAAAAAAAA